GCUGCGCGGGCGGCUCCCGCUAUGGCUGCGCUGCGGAAACUCCUGUGGCCACCGCCUCGGCUGUCCGCUCCCCAGCCCUUUCUUGGGCCGUGGGGGCGGCCUGCGGGGACAGCCCCGGGCCUUCCUGGGCGGCCCUUCUGCUGCCGGGAGGAUGACGAGGGGGCUGUGGCCGAGGCGGCUUGGAGGCGGCGGCGGCGCUGGGGGGAGCUGAGCAUCGCGGCGGCGGCCGGCGGGGGUCUCGUCGGCCUCUUGUGCUACCAGCUGUACGGGGAGCCCAGGACCGAGCCCCCUGCGCCCGGUCGUCCCUCCGAGAGCGCGGCCGCAGAGCCCGAGGACCCACCCCGCGGCCGGGGGCUGCUUCCCAUCCCGGUCGCCGCUGCCAAGGAGACGGUUGCUCUUGGCGGGACAGACAUUGAAGACUUAGACCUCUAUGCUACGUCUCGGGAGAGGCGAUUCCGUUUAUUUGCUUCUAUAGAAUGUGAAGGGCAGUUGUUCAUGACUCCAUAUGAUUUUAUUUUGGCUGUUACAACAGAUGAGCCCAAGUUAUUUGAGAUCUUCGGGGAUGUGCGGAAGAAUCAGAAAAAGGAAGUGAUCCAAGAUACUUCACUCAACUUUGCUAAAACAUGGAAGUCGCUUUCCAAACAGGAAUUGAAUCAGAUGCUCUCAGAAACACCACCAGUUUGGAAAGGAUCAUCAAAGCUAUUUCGAAAUCUUAAAGAAAGAGGUGUGAUUUCUUACACAGAAUAUCUUUUUCUUUUAUGUAUUUUAACAAAACCACAUGCAGGGUUUAGAAUAGCUUUCAACAUGUUUGACACUGAUGGCAAUGAGAUGGUGGAUAAAAAAGAGUUUCUGGUGCUUCAGGAGAUAUUCAGGAAAAAAAAUGAGAAGAGAGAAACGAAAGGAGAUGAAGAAAAGCGAGCUUUGCUGCGUCUUCAACUUUAUGGAUACCACUCUCCUACUAAUAGUGUUCUUAAAACAGAUGCUGAGGAACUCGUCUCCAGAAGCUACUGGGAUACACUGCGGCGCAACACCAGCCAGGCGCUCUUCUCAGACCUCGCAGAGCGUGCUGAUGACAUCACAAGUUUAGUAACUGAUACUACACUUCUCGUACACUUUUUUGGAAAGAAAGGAAAAGCUGAGCUCAACUUUGAAGAUUUUUAUAAAUUCAUGGAUAACCUCCAAACAGAAGUUCUAGAAAUAGAAUUUCUUUCUUAUUCUAAUGGAAUGAAUACUAUCAGUGAAGAAGAUUUUGCACAUAUUCUUUUACGAUAUACAAAUGUGGAAAAUACAUCAGUGUUUUUGGAAAAUGUGCGUUACAGUAUACCUGAAGAAAAGGGCAUCACGUUUGAUGAAUUCAGGUCAUUUUUCCAGUUUUUGAACAACCUGGAAGACUUUGCAAUAGCCCUGAACAUGUAUAACUUUGCAAGUCGUUCUAUAGGACAAGAUGAAUUUAAACGUGCCGUCUAUGUAGCUACGGGACUCAAACUUUCACCACAUUUAGUGAACACUGUCUUCAAGAUUUUUGAUGUUGACAAAGAUGAUCAAUUAAGUUAUAAGGAAUUUAUUGGAAUUAUGAAAGACAGACUCCAUAGAGGAUUCCGGGGUUAUAAAACAGUCCAGAAGUAUCCAACUUUCAAAUCCUGCCUGAAGAAAGAACUUCAUAGCAGAUAAAUGCUCCUAAAGCAAAGUUUAAAGGAUUACGAUCUGUGUGACAAAUCCAAGAAGCAAAACUUUCAGAGGGUGGAAGCAGUUCUGAGAGCAGAACAAGUGGAAAAUGAAGGAAAAGGUGAAAUGCUAUGAAAUUUAUAUUUUUUUUUCCUUGAACUGAAUUCUUACACAUGAAACAGAUAAAAAUGCAUCUUCUUACUGCAAAUAUAAUCAAAUUGAGCUUUUGUUUUGAUUUACUGAACUUUCUGCACUUUUUCAUUCCCUUCAGAAGUAUAUAGAUACUUCCACUGAGUAUAUCAGAAUGUAUUUAAAAUAUUUUUUGUUUAUUUAUUAGUAAUGUGCCUCAUUUCAAAAUAAUUUAUGACUCAUGGAAUGUAGAUCAUAUUUUCUUUGGUUUUGAACUGUGAACUUACUUUCAGAGAAUGAAUAUUACUUAAGAUUUCCUAGGGCCCUUAGGAUUGUUAGCAAAUCUGUUAUUUACAGGUUUUUAAUUGCAUAGAAAUAAUUUUGAAAAACAAAUGGAAAUUAAGCUACUGUAUAAUGUGAUGGUUUACAAUGUACUUUUAACUUUUAAAAGUACUUUAUAACAUAUAUUGUUUGACUUAUGUGAAAAGUUUUUAAAAAUUUUUGUUCAUUUACCAAACUCAACAGAGUAUCUAGUAUUCUUUAAUAAUAUAUAAGUAAAUAAACUUAAAAUGUAGAUUUUUUUUUUCCCCAAAAAAACCAGUCACGUGUUGAUGGUAGAAGGAGUGAUAGUUGUGGUAGAGUAGUUGUGACUGUCACAGUCAUUAUCUUCUUAAAGAUUAUGCUGCUCCUGACUGCAGGUGGUAAAUGUUAAUAACACUAGUAAAAAUAAUAUCCUAGAGCUCUGUAACUCUUGCAUAUUGUUAAUACACGUAUGUAGCAUCAAAAUGAGUGUUGUAGAAGACUAAUAGAAAAUGGUUUGAAGGCUGAUGUACAUAUUAGGUAGAAGCUAAUAUUUUGUUUUUGCAAAAGGACCACAUGCAAAACUGUUGCUGAGCAGCCAAUAAUAAAAUAAUUUAAACAUACUUCAUUUUUUUCAAAAUAAUGUCUUAAAAGGGAAAAUAAAAACUUUCUGUUGAAUCACAACAAACUUAGAUUUUUACAUGGAGAAAUAAUUUAGUAGUACUUAAUAGAAAAGAAAGUUUAGCUUAUACAAGGGUACAAAAAUAGAACAAUGAACUUAAUAUAUUUGCAUGUGGGAGAUAAGCUCAUUUAUCUUCCUUCUAAGACAUAUUUAAUAUAAGUUAUAUACACUCCAACUAUUACCUUGCUUUUGCAUAUAAAAGUAGAAAACACUGACUUUGUUUUUAUAAUUUAUUAAAUGUGAAAUUGAUCUGUAUCAGCUUAUUUAUAAAAGUAAUAUUUCCAAGAAAAUGUUAUUAGCAUUGAUUUUGUAUUUGUUAGACUUCUUACAUUCUUUAUCUGAUAUUAUUUAUUACAGUAAUUUAGAAAUGUAUGAUUCAUAAAUUUAGGGAUCCUAUCUAGUAUAAUAAUUUAUUCACCUGCUUCGAAGGUUGACUAAAUAAUUGACUAAUUGAAAACACAUACUUAUUUAACAUGCCCCAGGUCUACUUUUUUUUUCCCCGUGAACUUCAUAGAGAAGUAAUCCAGAUCUAUUUUAUCUUAUACUGAAUGGUCUCAAUGUUAUUUGGCAUCUAAAAAUCAUUGAAAAAAAUGCAAUUUACUUUAAUACUUAACUGUAAGUUAUAUUAUCUUGCAUACACGGAAAAACCUAUAAAUAUGAAUUAAAAUUAAAUUAGCUAAUUAAAUCCUUUACAAUUCUGUCCUCCCAAGAAAAGAAAGAACAGAAUACUACAUAUGUAGUCUUUAUUCUUUACUGCUUAUCAGAGUGAGUGUAUGAAUUAUCUAAGGAAAGGGUGCAGCAAUAUAUUAAAAUGGGAAUCCUAUGUUCUGGUCAAUUAAAGUGGAAAAGAAAGUAAUAGGUCCCUUCAUAUUAUCACUCCUGAACUUUAUCAUCUAUACUGUGGGAGAUAAAAAGAGCUCACUGGAUUGUUAUUUAUGUCAAUUUUUAAGUUCUUUGAAAAUAACUAUUUGUAUGCUGUUAUUCUCAGUAUUUCCUUCUACCAACUCUUCUUUGGAGCUGUUCAUAAAUUUCACUAUCAUACAUUUCACAGAAAGCUUACAUGAAAAACAGUUUAUGGUACUUCUCAGAGUCACUUCAUAAUAAGAAAUUAACUUAGGUUCCAGUUCAUUAUUUUGUUAUUGUAAUUGCAAAGCAACUUGUUUUACAUACUUACAUUAUCUUAAAAUAAAUACACCUAUCCUUAAAUCAAGAAUCACUGUUCUUUGCUUUUAUCUAUGUCUGGACUAAUAAUGACCUUCUGAAGUUACCUCCAAACUUUGGCAAUCUUGAUGGGUUACCAAACUUCCAUUAAUCUUCUGCUUUCUUCUGUAGCAACACAUGCCAAGGAAAUUUAUCACAUCAACACCUGUGUAAGUGAAGUAAAUCACACAGACCCAUAAUGCCUCUCAAAGUGUAUCAUAGGAUUUCCUACAUGGUAGAACUAUGGUCAUUGGUACUAGAAAGCUUUUCAGAAAGUUUACAUGUGGCUUAAUGGAUUAUCAAUUUUGCUUAAAAUAUUAAAACAAAACUACAGUAGCUCCUGUUUUACUAAUGUCUUUUUAAGACAACACCUAGAAAUGUAUCAGUUUUACACUAGUCAUUAUCCUACUUCUUAUCGCCAUACAGUAUAUUAACAUUUGUUAAAAAGCAUAGUGCUUUUACUUCCAAAGGAUGUAAAACUAUGAAUUGUGUGAUGUUCAGUAAGUAUAAUAAAAAUUUUAGGUGUUAAGAAA